ACAACUUACUAAAUUCUGUGAUGACAAAGUGAAAGUAGCGAGAAGGAUGCUGUUCCCACGUGCUUUUGUUUUUCUUAAACCUUCGAUGAAUGCAUGUCCCGUGAAAAUGCAAUUAAUUUACUGUAAAAGAGUCAUUAGUUGUGUUAAACCAAAUCAACUUCGGUUUUACCAUCGCUCAAACAUUUCUUUCAAAGGCGCAGGGAAGCGCUCUCCAAAUCGAGACGAUUAUGUGUUUCCAAUGAGAGACGAACAUUUCCGAAAGGGAGUUAAAUGGGCAACAUACGGGUCAUUUGCCUUAGGACUGACAAUCAUUAGUGUUAUAUUUUACAAAAAAGUCAUUCAAACAGUUUAUCGGCGUGGCAAAGGCUUUAUCGAUAUACAGGAUAGAAAUUGUAGCAAAAGCAACAUGAUUCUUUACAAAAACACUGUUCUACCUAAUUUUGUGGAAGAGAAAGUAAAAAGUAUUUCCGAUUUUGAAGUUCGAGAGAAUGAUGUUUGGGUUGUUGGAUAUCCACGGUCAGGAAUGACAUGGAUUCAGGAGAUCGUGUACUUGGUGCAAACACUUGAUUUUGAGGGAAGUCGUUCAAUAGAUUGUGAUGAAAGAAUUCCUUACCUGGAGUUUCCUACCUCUACUUUGACUGACCUCUCGGAGAAGCCUUCUCCACGGAUCAUAAAGACACACCUACCCCUCAAACUGUUACCCACUCAGAUACAGACAAUACAGCCAAAGAUGGUGUAUAUAACAAGAAACCCAAAGGAUGUGGUGGUGUCGUAUUUUCAUCUUGUUUCCUCCAUACAAAGCCUGACCAGAUACAAAGGGAAGCUGGAGGAUUUUGUGGACGCCUUUUUGGUGGACAGAGUUCCAUACAGUCCUUGGUCAACUCACGUAUUGGAAUUCUGGGAAAUAAAAGACCAACCCAACGUAUUGUUUCUGACAUAUGAGGACUUGCAAAAGGACUUAGAAGGAAGUAUUAGAAAGGUAGCAGCAUUUUUGGAGAAGGACCUGAAAAAUGAAGAUGUACAGAAAAUUGUGAAACACUGCAGUUUUGAUGAAAUGAAGACUAACCCGUCUGUCAAUCAUCAAUGGCUAACUGAUCGCCAGUUCCAAGAUCCAAAGAAGGCAGAGUUCUUAAGAAAAGGGAAAGUUGGUGACUGGAAAAAUUUCCUCUCCAAGGAACAGGACGACAAGUUGAAUGUAAAGAUUGCCCUUAAACUCAAACAUUCCGGACUGUUCUUCCAUUACAUGGAGGCUGAGCUCUCCAACUCCUAGCCCUGUGAGGGGAUAUACAUGUAACUGUGAUGAUGGUGUACAUUGUCCAUGGUGAAGGACAUAAUAACAGGUACACAAUGUGAAAUAAAACAGAGGAUGAUUUACACUGUAUAUAGACAGAAAAUUUCACUGGAGAGGGAUGGCAUUGACAAUUACACAAUAUGUGGGUAUGACAAUGACCAAAGAACUUCAUUAUCAGUAAGUACCUGUACAUGUGGCUUUAUUUAUUCGAGAUUACAUUGACAAUUUUACAGUGUGUGGACAUGUACGUUUGGACAGUGAUUUAUUCAUUGGAGUUAGAUGAUGUUUGAGUAGACUGUGUGCUUUAUUCUGUGAUAAACUGGCAUUUUUAAAUGCAGUAAAGUAUGUGUCAAUGAUUACCGGCAUGUUUGUUUUAAUUUACACAAA